UUUCAAAAGCCUAUAAAAUUCUAGAACCUGAUUCAUGAAGAGCCACUUGUCUAUGUUCACACAUAGCAAGCCCUGGAAGAACAAGGCUGGAAGAAUGGCCCCUUUCUCGUGGGUCUUCCUGGCAGGUGGGAAGGUACACCGGGAAGAUGUUUGCUGUCCCUUGUUCCUAGGCUGAGAAGUGGUCUGGGGAUAGAUGGCAAGAGUGAGUGCAGGAGGGUGUCCGGAGGUAGGAGGUGUGGGUAGACCGAACAGGACAUGGGGGCCAUGGUUGGCAUGUGCCCAGCCUGACGAGGGCACAGGAAGGCAGAUGAACACAGUCAUGAGUUGUAGGGCACCUUUCCCACCGGCACUCCCUUUGCCAGCCUUCCUCUGGGUCUGGGCUGCGUCACCCAGCUGACCACUAACCACAGCCAGCUCUGUUCUCUCCUGGUUCCUGAAAUCUGGGAGCAGAUGGAGGGGUUGUUGGAGGCAGUCCACUACCAAGAGCCAAGAGGAAAGGCGAGGAGAGGGAUAGAGGAAGUUACCUUGGUCCUCAGACCGUAGUCCCCACGUUCCUCUUUCCUGUAAAGCUCAACGAUCUCCAGUCAGAUUUCCUGUCCCCUUAGCCUGCUCCAAGAAUGAGGGGCUGCCCACCAUGGUUGGCCCCAGGGGCCUGGUUACUAUUGAGCGUGGGGGAACUGUGUCCGGAGGCAGAUCAGGCCAUGAUCACUCCAAUUUCUGUUUCCCAUUAUUCCCUGGGCUGUCGGUUCCUAACUUUCAUCCCUUGCAAAGGAACCCUGGAUACUCAGUUGAACCAGAAUUUUGGAGAGGGGGGAUAAAAUUUUGCACGCUUUGGGGACAGCACUGGUCUAGCACACAUGGGGAGCUGAGAUUCUCUGGAGGAGUGCCAAGUUCACGGGCUGGAGACGGUUUUGGUCCCUCCUCCAUUGCCUGUUUCUCCCACAUGAGGGGGCUGUUUCUGUGCUCCCUGGCCCCAGUGAGGGAGGAGAGAGACUUGAGUCUCCAGGGGCGGGACCCACCUGCCCCAGCCCUCCCCCAGCCUGGAGAACAUAAAAGCCCAGGUUCAGCUAAGAGGUGAUGCCAAUGCCAGGUGGAGCCCUGGAACUUUGGAGGUAGGGUCCUAGACUCUGUCUGUAGGCAGAACCCACUGCGGGGGCACUGGGUGAGAAGGAGGGGGUGAGGAGCCUGGGAGGAGGUGGCUGUGGGGCGCUUGUCUCCCCAGCGCACUGUGGGCUUUGCAUACUUCGUGGGCACGGGGUCUUGUUGCAGAGAUGAAGCUGCUCCUGGGCUCCGCAGGACUCCUGGCAGUUCUGAUCAUGCUCCAGCCCUCAGAGGGUGUCCCUCCAGCUGUCCCAGGGGAAGUGGAUACCUCGGUGGUGCUGACCUGCAUGGAGGAGGCCAAGCGGCUAGUGGACAAAGUCUACAAGGAGCAGCGGGAAAGCAUCAAGCAGCGGCUUCACAGUGGCUUGGCCAGCCCCAUGGAACUCCUGUCCUACUUCAAGCAGCCAGUGGCGGCCACCAGGACCGCUGUGAGGGCGGCUGACUACCUGCACGUGGCCCUCGGCCUGCUGGAGAGGAAGCUGAGGGCCCUGUGGCCAGGCCGCUUCAACGUCACAGACGUGCUGACCCCAGCCCAGCUGAACCUGCUGUCCAAGACUAGCGGCUGCGCCUACCAGGACCUGGGGGUGAGCUGCCCAGAGAAGGACAAGUACCGAACCAUCACCGGGCAGUGCAACAACAGGCGCAGCCCCACGCUGGGGGCUUCCAACCGCGCCUUUGUACGCUGGCUGCCGGCGGAGUACGAGGAUGGCUUCUCGCUGCCCUUCGGCUGGACGCCCCGGGUCAAGCGCAACGGCUUCCCAGUUCCCCUGGCUCGCGCCGUGUCCAAUGAGAUCGUGCGCUUCCCCACGGAGAAGCUGACUCCGGACCAGGAGCGCUCACUCAUGUUCAUGCAGUGGGGCCAGCUGCUCGACCACGACCUCGACUUCUCCCCCGAACCGGCCGCCCGCGUCUCCUUCCUCACCGGCAUCAACUGCGAGACCAGCUGCCUGCAGCAGCCGCCUUGCUUCCCGCUCAAGAUCCCGCCCAAUGACCCCCGCAUCAAGAACCAGCAGGACUGCAUCCCCUUCUUCCGCUCCAGCCCUGCCUGCCCCCAGAGCAACAUCACCAUCCGCAACCAGAUCAACGCACUCACCUCCUUCGUGGACGCCAGCAUGGUCUACGGCAGCGAGGACCCCUUGGCCAUGAGGCUGCGCAACCUGACCAACCAGCUGGGGCUGCUGGCCGUCAACACCCGCUUCCAGGACAACGGCCGGGCCCUGCUGCCGUUCGACAACCUGCGCCAUGACCCCUGCCUCCUCACCAACCGCUCUGCGAACAUCCCCUGCUUCCUGGCAGGGGACUCCCGUGCGAGUGAGAUGCCUGAGCUCACCUCCAUGCACACACUCUUUGUGCGGGAGCACAACCGGCUGGCCACAGAGCUCAAGCGCCUGAACGCCCACUGGAACGGAGAGAGGCUCUAUCAGGAAGCCCGAAAGAUCGUGGGAGCCAUGGUCCAGAUCAUCACUUACCGGGAUUACCUGCCCCUGGUGCUGGGGCGGGAGGCCAUGCGGAAGUACCUGCGCCCCUACUGCUCCUACAACGACUCGGUGGACCCGCGCAUCUCCAAUGUCUUCACCAAUGCCUUCCGCUACGGCCACACCCUCAUCCAACCCUUCAUGUUCCGCCUGAACAGUCGAUACCAACCUAUGCAGCCCAACCCCCGCGUGCCGCUCAGCAGAGUCUUUUUCGCCAGCUGGAGGGUUGUGCGUGAAGGUGGCAUCGACCCUAUCCUACGGGGCCUUAUGGCCACCCCUGCGAAGCUGAACCGCCAGAACCAAAUUGCGGUGGACGAGAUCCGGGAGCGGCUGUUUGAGCAGGUCAUGAGGAUCGGGCUGGACCUGCCUGCGCUCAACAUGCAGCGCAGCCGCGACCACGGCCUCCCUGGGUACAAUGCCUGGAGGCGCUUCUGUGGGCUCCCAGUGCCCAACACGGUGGGUCAGCUGGGCACAGUCCUGAGGAACCUGGACCUGGCGAGGAGGCUGAUGAAACUGUACCACACGCCCAACAACAUUGACAUCUGGAUAGGCGGCGUGGCCGAGCCCUUGAACAAAAAUGGCCGCGUGGGCCCGCUGCUCGCCUGCCUCAUUGGGACCCAGUUCAGGAAGCUCCGUGAUGGUGACCGGUUCUGGUGGCAGAACAAGGGCGUGUUCAGCAAGAAGCAGCGGCAGGCCCUGGCCAAGAUCUCCUUGCCCCGCAUCAUCUGUGACAACACAGGCAUCACCCUCGUGUCCAAGAACAACAUCUUCAUGUCCAACAGAUUCCCUCGGGACUUUGUCCGCUGCAGUAGGGUGCCAGCAUUGAACUUGGCUCCCUGGAGGGAAAGGAGCUAGAGGCAGGGAGCUGCCUGGAGAGGAACUUGGCCCUUUUAUACCAUUUGUUUAUACCUGAUGAUUAUGAUAAUAAAGCAAC